AUGUGGUCUCUUUCGUUCUCAUGUGGUCUCAUGUGGUCUCUUGCGGUCUCAUGUGGUCUCAUGUGGUCUCAUGUGUCCUCUCAGAACUGGACGAGCUCCUGAAGAGAAGCGGUGAACCCGACUUCGUAGGUUUGGCCAACGAGCGUCUCGUCUCCACGUUGACCAAGAACCUUCUGAACAUGGAGACCUUCUCCAGACGGGACGCGAUGGAGAAGCUGGCUGUGUUGGUGGAGCAGCACCGAGGCUCCGGCCUCAGGUCCAGGGCCUCGUUCCCGGUCCUGACCAAGACUCUGCUGCUGGUUCUGGGCGGGCUGAGCGAGACCCAGCACCUGCUCACAGCUCAGAGGGUCUACGCGCUGCUGGAGGCGCCGCUGCUGGAGGUCAUCAGGGAGGCCACUGCCACGCAGGAAGCUGGGUGCUGUGUCGCUGCCCCCUCCUCCUUCUCUGAAGCCAUGACUCUGUACCUGAGCAGGUGUGGCCAGCAGCCAGGUGAGCGGCUGGACAGAGAGUUCAGCUUCGUCCUGAUCUCUCUGCUCGGAGACUUCAUCUCCUCCCUCAGGUGUCACGACACGUCCUUCAAAG